ACCGGACGUCAAAGUCUUGCGUAGCACCCUGUAUAUCGCCCGAUUCUACGUAAUUCAUUGCUAACUAUAAUAAGUGAUGUUAUAAGCUAUAACUUGCUGACUGAUUGAAAAAACGUGUGAGUAUAACGGGUGUGCACCCACCUGUCUUUUUACCUAUGUAGCACAACAACCUGUUAUUUCGAAAACUUUUUUACUACUUCGCCUGAUGUGGCACUAAAAACUUGAAACCGGGGGGUGAAUAUUUAAAACACUUUGUUGCAAGUUGAUCGGUCAAUACUUCCGAAUAACGGCGUAAAGAGCGUGCGCGCGAGACGACUUCUGAUGCACACGAGAUAACUUUCUGGAAAAGAAACAGAUGCCAGUCUUCAGAAAACCUUCGACAUGGACAGUUCGAAACACGCCAAGGUGUAUACCAAGCAUACCAAGGUAGAUUUCGAAUGGGCAGUAAGACUAAAUCGUAUCGCUUUAGAUUUUAUUGGACUCUGGCCUAAAACCGCACAAAACACUCGACAGAUGUUAAUGUGUAAUUUUCGGGUGCUCAUCAUAUUCCUGGGGUUAACAGUUGGCAUUCUGAUUCCUGCUGUACAUUCAUUAAUAAGAAUUUCGGGAGAUAUCAUGCUAAUAAUGGACAAUUUACUAUUCACAUUACCGGGCAUUAGCUGCGCGUUAAGAAUCGGAAUUUUUUGGUGGAAAAAGGAAGCUACCAUACCAAUCAUAAACAUGAUCGCAGAAGAUUGGCUAAGAUUGAAAAGUCCUCAAGAUAGAAAAAUUAUGAUUAGACAGGCGAAGAUUGCACGCAUUAUUAUUACUUGCGGGUUCUUGCUGAUGGGAUUAGCGUGCACCUUUUCUAUUAUUCUCCCGCGUCUUGGUAUAUCAGUCAGAUUGUUAUCCAAUAUUACUGAUCUUAUUGGCAGACCUAUGAUUGUACAAUCGUAUUAUAUUUACGAUAUAACAAAACGGCCGCUAUACGAACUGACAUAUACAAUUCAAGGUGUCUUCAUAGUUUUUUCAGUCAUAGGUUAUUCUGGAAUCGACAAUUUUCUCGGAUUACUAGUUUUCCAUAUAUGCGGCCAAUUGGAUAUUCUUAAAAAUCGUCUGACACGUCUAGAUAAAUAUGUCAAAACUCAAGAUACGUUAAAGAGCUGCGUGAUAAGACACACUCGUUUAAUUAAAGCUAUUGAGAUUAUUGAAGAUACGUAUAACAUAAUACUACUAGUAUUAUUGGUAUACUUUGCACUGCUUUUCGCUUUCCUCGGUUUCCGAAUAAUUAACGUGAGUGUGGAAACAUUUAAAGAUAAAAAUUUGUUUAUUAACUGUCACGCAAAAAGAAGUAUUACAAAUUAUUAA